UAUUUAUUUAUUUUAUAAGUCUCUUCAGCGUAGACUUCCAAGAUAAACUUUUACACGGAAUAUGAGCCGUCAUCUGUAAGGAAAUGAAACGCAUGCAAUGAUCGAAAAGGAAGCGGGAGAGAGGAAAAACACAUUUUAACUCCUUCCCGUAAUGACAUUAUGUGGACGUGUUUUUGUCGAUACGGAUUUCAUUUUGAAAGCCAAAAGUGGACCACAUGCCUCUAAAAUAAAGCUUUUAUUUUUAAGUUUCAGAGGGGAAGCAGCCUGCUGCUCGGGGUUAGAGCGGAGAAGCGCGGGCGGUGUGAGGCGUGGAGUAAAAAAACGGCGAUGAUGGACUUUAGAUGAUAUUUUAAAAAAAGGCUGAACCCUGUAGGCAGUUUUUACUAGAACAGAUGAGUCCAAAGCGUCAGGCAAGGAAAGCGUGUGUUCUCGGCGAGGAAGCUCUAUCACCCGAACAUGAAGGUCCUAAACAAAGACGAGCUGCAGACUGCUGAAGGAGUUCUGCUGAAACACUUACCGAGGAGUUUGAUGGUCUACGGAUUACUAUAUGGUAUCAACAGGAACAACCCAAGUACGCUGGAGGUAGUCGUUGAUACGUGGCCUGAUUUUAAGCUCAUCCUCUGCCGACCUGAUCCUGAGAAGCGGGCCCUGGAGCUGAGGAAUCAGGUGACAUACUACAGCACGGAUGAACAGAUUUUAUGGAAAAUGCUGAGAGAGGAGAAUGCAGUUGACUGGAGUCAUUAUUUCCUACUUGGAGGAUGUGACUUUUCCCACGCCCCCAUGUUCAAAGAAUUGUCUUCUGAAAGAUGCGUUAACAGCAAAUGCUAUACUCUGGUGCAUCUUCUGUAUUUGCCAGACAUCAGUCAUCUUCUCACGCCAACAGUUGACAGUGAGCUUGAAUCAAGGAUUUCAUCUCUUAACCUUUCCCAUGUUGACUUGGUGAAUGAAACCUGGAAGUUUGGAGGAAAUGAGCAGAGUUACAGUAACAUUACAAACUUCAUCAGCAACUUCCCAUCAUGCUGCAUCACUGAUGGCCAGGGUAAGCCGUUGUCCUGGAUUCUGGUUUAUGAUUACUGUGCCAUGGGCAUACUGUACACUCUACCGGAGCACAGAGGGAAAGGCUAUGCCAAAGUGUUGAUCAGCACCAUGGCCAAGAGACUCCAUGCUGAGGGCUACCCUGUCUACUGCUUCAUAGAGGAAGAAAACGUGGUCUCCUACAGGCUCUUUAAAAACCUGGGCUUCAUUGAGGAUCCCUCGUACAGGGCGGCAUGGUUGGAUUUCAACUUCUGAUUUUGUAACUGGUGUGACUUCAAACAAGUUUUGAAAAUGUAUAGCUGACAUAUAAACAUAACUUGUAUCUAAAUGGACAAAAAAAUGACUGAAAUGUACCGUGAACAAAGGUAAUUAUUAACACUUACUGUCAUUGCUGUAGCACGUUUUCUUUGCUUGUACAUUUCAAAGAUAUUUUAAAGUAACUGUAGUCCUCUUGGUCAUAUAUUGAUUGUGCAUUGUCACAAUCAAUAUAUGUUAAGAUGUGGUAUUACAGAGUCCAAAUAUUUCAGACUCUCUAAAGCAUUGCAUCCAAAUGUGGAUUGUAAUAAUGGAGGUGUGAGUGAAAGAGGCAUUAACUGGCAUAAAUAAUACGGUAAUACUGUCAUCUUUUUGUAAUAGGUACAGGUAUUUAGAGAAGAGCCAAAAGAAAUUUAGCUAUGUUGAUUAUGCUGUCAGCACUGAGCAAUGAUCAAAUUGUCUACAAACAUACAUACAGUAUAGCCACUGUAUAUGGAGGCUACCUCAUUUUAUACACACAAUGCAAUUAUUAUUAACCAUGGGUUCCUGAAAUA